UUCGUGGUGUUGCUGGCCGUAGUGGCCUCUGGCCAAUUGCCAUUAUCUUGUACGCGUUACUUGUGUUACAGCUAGUCGGAAGUUCAAUGGCUUUUACCAUACUUUCGCCCUUCAGCUCAUACACAUCGCUGAGUUUUAAGAAUCUUUUGAAUAGUGUCCUGCUGUCGAGUAAUGGCAAUUUGGCCGGUGGCGGUCGUAACCUUAAAUCGGAUGUACUGGAGGAUGCAUCAUUGAUAACGCCAAAAUUAAUACGGAAAUAUGGCUAUCCCUCGGAAACGCAUACCGUGGUAACAAAGGAUGGUUACAUACUGGAAAUGCAUCGAAUACCGAAAAAGGGAGCCCAGCCGGUGCUGCUGAUGCACGGCAUAUUGGAUACGUCGGCAACAUGGGUGCUAAUGGGUCCCAAAUCUGGGUUAGGUUAUAUGCUAUCCGAUUUGGGCUAUGAUGUGUGGAUGGGUAAUGCCCGUGGUAAUCGCUACUCGAAAAAUCACACCAGCCUCAACAGUGAUUAUAUGGAAUUUUGGGAUUUCACCUUCCAUGAAAUGGGUAAAUAUGAUUUACCUGCAUCGAUUGAUUAUAUUUUGGCCAAGACGGGUUAUGAUCAACUGCAUUAUAUUGGACAUUCUCAGGGUACUGCCGUCUUUUGGGUGCUGUGUUCGGAACAGCCACAAUAUGCCCAGAAAAUUUUGUCAAUGCAUGCCUUGGCUCCCAUUGCCUAUAUUGCUGAUAUGAAGAGCCCUCUGUUCCGCACUUUGGUAUUGUUUUUGGACUUUUUAACGGCUGCCACACGCAUGUUACGCAUCACCGAAUUUAUGCCAAAUACGAAAUUCCUUGUCGAACAAACCCAGGUGGUUUGUCAUGACAAUGCCAUGACACAGGAUGUCUGUUCGAAUAUUUUGUUCCUGGUUGCUGGUUACAAUUCAGAACAACUUAAUAAGACCAUGCUGCCCGUUAUGUUAAGUCACACACCCUCUGGUGCGUCCAUCAAACAAUUGGAACAUUUCGGCCAACUCAUGAAGUCUGGCCACUUCAGCAAAUUCGAUCGCGGCUAUUUACGUAACCAAUUGGAAUAUAAUCGUAUGACACCACCCGAUUACGAUUUAUCCAAGGUCAAAGUGCCAGUGGCCCUCUACUAUUCGAUGAACGAUAUGUUGGUGUCGACAACGGGCGUUGAUCGUUUGGCACGUGAACUGCCGCAUGUUAUUGACAAAUAUUUAGUGCCAAUGGAAAAAUUCAACCAUUUAGAUUUCCUAUGGGCCAUAGAUGUCAAGACACUCGUCUACAAUCGGUUGGUGAGGAAUUUGCGACGUGUCGAGAAUUACAAAUUGAAACAUGCUCAAAAUUUGGUCAAUAUUCAGCUGCAGCAAUUGCAGCAACAACAACAACAGCAGCGACAAGAGUUGGCUCACAAUCAGCAUACAAUGCCGUUGCCGAGCGGUAAUGUUGGUGGGGCUGCGCCAGCAGCAGUGCCAGUAAUAGCAGCGACGGCAGUACCCAUGCCCGUUAUAAUUGGUAAUAAUAUGAUGGGUGUUACCCGACCUCCGAUGCAUAUGCCGCCUCCGACUGAGGCAAUGCCAUUUCACCAGGGUGUAAAAAAGUUGCCCGUCGUGCCAGCAGCGCCAACUGUCAAGACCAAUGUGUGA